AUGUUUCUUGUGUAUUAUUUUUUGUUCUUUAUUUUUGGAGCUUCUGCUAAACUAGAUACCAAAACACCAAAUCAGUCCAUCAAAGAUGGUGAGACUCUAGUUUCCGCCAGUGGAAUCUUUGAACUGGGAUUUUUCAGCCCAGGUAACUCAGCAAAGCGUUACUUGGGAAUAUGGUACAAGAAAGAUACUGAUAAAACAGUUGCAUGGGUGGCCAACAGAGUAACUUCACUCUCUGAUUUUUCAGGAAUUCUAAAUGUCAUUGAUCAAGGGAAGCUUAUACUACUAGAUGGAGAAGAUAGAAUGAUUUGGUCAACCAAUAGAUCGAGAUCACUGAAAUAUCCUGUUUUGCAGCUCUUAGGUUCAGGAAAUCUUGUUGUGAAGGAUAGAAACGAUAACGAUCCAGAGAACGUUUUGUGGCAGAGUUUUGAUCAUCCUUUUGACACCUUACUAACAGGGAUGAAGCUCCGAAGGAACCUCAAAACUGGAAUGGAUAGGUUCCUUUCGUCCUGGAAAAGCACAGAAAAUCCUGCUCCAGGCCAAUUUUCUGUGGGCAUUGAUUUAAAUGGAUUUCCACAACUAGUUCUCAGGGAAGGAGCUGCCAUCAAGAAUAGAGCUGGCUCGUGGAAUGGCAUUGGUUUUACCGGGACUCCUGCGCUGAAACCAAACGAUCCUGUAUGUGAUUUUCAAUUUGAAUUGAAUGAGAAUGAGGUCUAUUAUAAGUGUGACCCCAACUUUCCCUUACUUUCAAGGAUAUGGGUAAAUCAAUCAGGUACUGCUGAGCGCUUAAUACAAAGCUCUCAAACAAAAAAUUGGUGGCUUGCUUAUGUUGUUCCGGUUGAUCGGUGUGACAAUUAUUCUUUGUGUGGUGCAAAUGCUCGAUGUCAGACAAACAGCAGCCAUGUAUGUUCUUGCCUGGAAGGAUUUGUACCAAAAUCACCAGAAGGUUGGAGCUUGUCAAAUUGGACUGAAGGGUGUGUCAGAAGGAGUCCAUUUAAUUGUAAAAAUGGGAAUGAAUUUAAGGUUGAUGCUGGGUUGAAGUUGCCGGACACUUCUAAUUCCUCGUACAAUACAAGCAUGAGCCUUGAGGAAUGUAAGGAAAUGUGUUUGAGAAACUGUACUUGCACUACCUGUGCUAAUUCUGAUAUCAGCAAAGGAAGUGGUUGCUUGCUUUUGUUUGGUGACCUGACGGAUAUGAGAUUGAACAAUGAUGUUCAGCAAGAUCUCUACAUAAGGAUGGCCACUUCAGAACCAGGUAAUUUUGGAAGUAUUUACUUUUGA